AAAAAGAAAAGAAAAAAAAGUAAAGAAAUAAUCUUUUUUUUCUUUUAAACCUUAUAAAGCUGAAAUAAAAAGUCUAUCAACAAAUGGGUCGUACUAUAGCACGAACAAUAAUUUUCGUUGUUGCGACUUUUUUAAUGCUUUAUUCGAUAUCGGUUGCAGCUCUUACUUUCAGUAAGAUAAAUAUUACUGCAUUUCACCUUAGUCAACCACUAUUGAUCGGGUAUGGUGUAUUUUGGUUGAUUGUUGCCCCGUCUGGGUUAUGGGGAAUUUUUGGAUCAACUCAGGAUAAUACAGAUUUAUGUAAUCGAUAUUUGAGGGAUCAUUGGUUUUCUUCUGCAGUCAUAUCUACAGUUGAUAUAAUAAAAAUAGUAUUUUCUUUUACGAUGAAAGAUAAUUCCAUACAAAAAUGUUUGAACGAAACUCCAACCGGAAAUUGUGGUAAAAAAGUUGACUUUUCCCAAAAAGCGGGUUUGAUCGCCUUUGGGGUACAGGGAUUCCUUAUGGUUGGUCUUGGUUUACUCGUAUGGUUUAGUUGCAGACAACUUUCAAAAAAGAAAGAUGAAAAGGCAAAGGUAGAGUUAGGACAUGGCUUAGAAACACAAAAUACUCGUCAAUUAAAUGACGAUGAUACUAUUAAUCUUAGAGUAGAAGAUAGAGUUGAAACGAAUCCACUUUCAUCAUUUAAAGAUCGUCGUCCAUCACAGUAUAGUAAAGGGCAAAAGGGACAAAAUGAACAAAAAAUUAAAAAAGAUAAUGAAAAUGUUGUAAGAUCACGUGAAGAACAAGGAAGUAUUAAGAAUGCCAAUAAUGUCGAUGUCAAAAAUGCCGACAUUAAUAAUACAAAUAAUGUCUAUAAUGUCGACAAUAUCAAAAAUGUCAAUAAUAUUAAUAAUAUCAGGAAUGUCAACAAUAUCAAAAAUAUCAAGAACGUGCAAGGAUUUGACCAACAACAAUAUACGACACCACUACGUCCUAGAAAAUCAUCUGAUAGACAAAUGACUCCGUCUGAUGAAUUACAAGGAUAUCCUCCUCAAGGAAUGAAUCAAACGGCUCCAGUAAACCGUUCAAAAAGUAUGGCUCCACCUGUUCGCUCAAAUAGUAGCAGGUUUCCUCCCCCUCAGCCUGAAUAUCGAUUUAUACCAUCCAUACAACCUCCACAAGGAGUUAAAGGAAUGCAAAAAAGUAGGGCUCCCAUUCCUCCUUCAUUUUAUUAUAAUAGACCACCAUUUCCACAAUAUCAACAAAUGUCCAAUUUCCCACCCAUGUAUCCAUGGCAACAACAAUGGCCAGGUUAUAAUAAUAGACCAAUACCACCCCAAGGAGAUUUUCGUGGACACAGACGUUCAAAAAGUCAACCUGAGCUUCGCCCUCUUCCAUUCCUUCCACGUCCUAUGGAUUAUCAAAUUCCUUCGAAUCCUCCUCAAAUUCCUAGACAAAAACAAGCGAUACCAUCACAAAUAAUUGAACGACAACAAAAAAUUCCUAUUGAUUCAAAAAACAAAUAUAAUAAUGAAAAUAAAAGUAGUAAUAAUUCACAAAAUACUUCUGCAGCAAGUUCAAGACGAUCUUCAACUUCUUCGCGGCGUAGAUCAUCAGUAAAUGAUAAACGUCCUUAUUCACAAAUGCAUCGUACUAAUUCAUUACCAAACUUAAGUAAUCACGAAGAUUUAAUGAGAAAUGAAAUGUUAUUUGCUCCACCUGUACCAUUGAUUCCAUCAAAUUUACAAUCUAAUACAAAAAAUAGUAACAAAGAUGAUAAAUCUGAUAAUAAAAAUACGCGGGAAUCUCAACCACCAAUAAUAAACAACGAUGAUAAGCUCGAAAGAUUUAUUAAGAUGUAUGGUGAUAAAGAAUAUAAUAUGUACAAUAGAUAUUCACAAUAUAGGAAUAGUAGCUGGAGCACGAAUGAUGAUGAUGAUGAUUAUGUUCCUCCAAAGAGACAAAGACCAAAAUCAGCUCAAUCGGUACAAGGUGAAGCUAGCCCUAAAUCUUCAAUAUAUGUUGAAGAUGGAUAUUAUAAUGACUAUUAUUAUGGACCACCUUUAGGUGGACCACCUUUAGGUUAUAACAACUACGUUUAUCCUCAAUAUUCAGGACCAAUUGGGUAUAAUAAUGGAGAAAAUUUCGUUCAAAGUAAUCCGAUGAAUUAUAAUGGUGGCUGGGUCAAUUAUGGUCAACAAAGACCACAAAGAAUGAACUAUUAUUAUUAAAAAAUGUAAAAAAAAACAGACUUUUUCUAGAUAGAUAGAUAUCUAUUAUGAUAGAAAUUUGGGUGGAGUUUUUUUUCAAUUUUAAAAGUAAAUAAUAAUUAUAAUUUUAAAA